AUGCCUCCAGCAGUGGUCGACAAGGAGGCCAAGGAGGCCUUGGCGAAGGAUGCGCUCGAAAUGUUUUUGAAAAUCGGCCUUGACGAAAAGACUGCUCAGAAUGCCGUCGCAAACGCCAAGGUUACCGCGAACCUCGUCGAAGUGAUCAAAGAGGCUUCAUUGGAAGGCGGGUGUGACAAGGCCAUAGGAAACUUGCUGUACACGGUCGCCACCAAGUUCCCUGCCAAUGCGCGCGUGCACCGCCCCACGCUACUGUCCUAUGUCACCUCGCUGAAGAUCAAGACGGUGCCUCAGCUGGAGGCAGCGCAUGCAUAUCUGGCAACUGUGGGGCAGGAGCCUCUUAAUACUGCAGAGCUUGAGGCAAAGAGUGGCGUAGGAGUGGAGGUGUCAGUGGAGGACAUCAAGGCAGCAGUCACUGAGGCUGUAGCGGCAGUCAAAGAGAAGCUGGUGGAGGAGCGAUACCGCUUCAACGUGGGUCUCAUUCUCGCCAAGGUUCGCGCGCUGCAGCCAUGGGCGGAUGGCAAGCUGGCCAAGGAGGAGGUGGAUGCACAGGUGCUGGCUGUACUCGGCCCAAAAACAGACGCGGACGAGGCCAAACCCGCGAAGAAGAAGAAGGAGAAGAAACCCAAAGGGGACGAGGCGGCCGCAGCCGCUGAUGCUGCUGCUCCAGCAGCGGCAGGGGCGGCAGCGGGGGUGGAUGGAGGGGAGGAGGCGGACCCAUAUGCUAUCUUCCCCAACCCGCAGGAUAACAACAAGGUGCACACAGAGAUCUUUUUCAGCGACGGCACCACAUGGCGCCCCAAAAACAGUCGGGAGGCGCUGGAGAAGCAUUUGGCAGUGACAGGGGGGAAGGUCUGGUCGCGGUUUCCCCCCGAGCCCAACGGUUACCUGCACAUUGGGCAUGCCAAGGCCAUGUAUGUCGACUUUGGCCUGGCAAAGGAGAGAGACGGAAACUGCUACCUGCGCUACGACGACACCAACCCAGAGGCGGAGAAGCAGGAGUACAUCGACCAUAUUGAGGAGAUAGUUGCGUGGCUGGGGUGGAAGCCGUUCAAGAUCACCUACAGCAGUGACUACUUCCAGGAAUUGUACGACUUAGCAGUGCAGCUGAUCAAGUCAGGCCACGCAUACGUGGACCAUCAGACAGCCGAGGAGAUCAAACUCUAUCGAGAGAAGCACCUGGAGAGCCCCUGGCGGAACAGGCCAGUGGAGGAGUCGCUUAAGCUGUUUGAGGACAUGAGGAGAGGGCUGGUGGAGGAGGGGGCGGCUACCCUGAGAAUGAAGCAGGACAUGCGAAACGAGAACCCCAACAUGUGGGACUUGAUCGCAUACCGCAUCAAGUUCACCCCGCACCCCCAUGUGGGAGACAAGUGGUGCAUCUACCCCAGCUACGACUACACGCACUGCAUCAUUGACUCCCUUGAGAACAUCACACACUCGCUGUGCACGUUGGAGUUUGAGACACGGAGGGCGUCCUACUACUGGUUGCUGGAGGCGUUGGGUCUGUACCAUCCGUACGUGUGGGAGUAUGCACGGCUGAACAUCACCCACACCAUGCUGUCCAAGCGCAAGUUGAACCGGCUGGUGACAGAUCAUCAUGUGAACGGGUGGGAUGACCCGCGUCUCAUGACCCUCUCAGGGCUGAGGAGGAGGGGCGCCCACCCCGCUGCGAUCAACGCCUUCUGCCGAGCCGUGGGCAUCACCCGGAAUGAGAACGUGAUCCGAGUGGAGCUUCUAGAGCACUUCAUGCGCGACCAUCUGAACCGCACUGCACCGCGCUCGCUGGUGGUGCUGAAGCCACUGAAGGUGGUGAUAACGAAUGUGGGGGAGGAGGAGGUGGAGAUGGUGGAGGGCAAGCGAUGGCCCGACGCUAAGGAGGGCGAUCCAGAGGCGACUUACAAGCUGCCCUUCUCCCGAGUGGUGUACAUAGAGCAGUCUGACUUCCGAGUGAAGGACAGCAAAGACUACUAUGGUCUCGCGCCCAACAAGUCUGUUAUGCUCAGGUACGCGUACCCUAUAAAGUGUACCGAGGUCAUCUAUGAGGAGGAUGGCACGACUGUCAAGGAGCUGAGGGCCGAGUGCGAUCGCGCCAAGAGCACCAAACCCAAGGGUGUGAUCCACUGGGUGGCAGAGCCCAAGCCCGGCCAGGCCCCCCUUACAGUCACAAUCCGCCUAAUCAACAAGCUCUUCCUCUCCGAGAACCCCAACGAGUUGGAGGACUGGCUGGGGGACCUCAACCCACAGUCCAUGGAGGAGAUAGAAGGAGCGCUGGCUGAGCCAUCGCUUGCGGGGAAGCCUGCUGGCAGCACCUUCCAGUUCGAGAGGCUCGGUUAUUUCUGCGUCGAUACUGACUCCAAGGACGAUCGGUUGAUAUUUAAUCGCACUGUUACACUGAAGGAGUCGUACCCCAAGUUUGGGGCGAAGUAG